UCCGGUCGAGUGAUCCUUCCCUAUUUUUGGGCGUAUCACAACCACUCUCGGGAUUCUUCAUUUCCCGCUCCGAUUUUUACUCCCGCUGCUGCACCCCCUCCCGUUGCUGCACCCCCUCCCACUGCUGCACCCCCUCCCGCUCCUCCUGUCGUUCCGGGAGUGAUGACUGUUGCCCAGUUGGUUCAACAGCCCGGUCGUGAGCAUCUUCCCUAUCUCACUCCGUGUCCAAAGGGACGACGUCAAACAUGGUAAUUAAAAGUCUUCUUUUUUCCUUUCAUUAAAAUUUGAUUCAUUAUUAAUAAUUUGUUUCUUAUAUUAGGUUCAAUCGAUCCGGGAACGGGAUCAGCGCAUGGAUCAACAAUAUGAUGUACUCGAACCUCAGCAACGGAUAUCCGACUUUCACUCACUUCCCUGCCGAGGACCAGGAGAUGUGGUUUCGUCAGUUAGCGCAAGAGUUCACCUGGAAUCCCGAUCACACGAACUUUAUCCGUGACGCCUUCGUCCAUAAAGUUAUGGACAAUUAUGGGAAGCAGAUCUACGAGUGGAAGCAGAAGUGGCUCAUCAACCAGGUCCCGAAGUCGAUCAACAACACGGUCUGAGAGGAGUUGUGUGUGCAUUGGGAUAAGGACGAGACGAAAGCUACCUCCAUGACCAACUCCGCCAACCGCAAGAGCGAUCGUGGCGGGAAGGGCAUGUACAAGCACAAUUUGGGUGCCCAGACUAUUGCCACUCUGGGGGAUCGCUUGGCGGAUGAAAAUGAUGGCGAGCCGGUUGAUGAUUUCGUCCUAAUGAAGACGGCGCAUACCAACAAGCACACCGGGGAGAUUGAUGGUGGUGUUGUGAGGGAUGUGCUCAGCCUGAUCGAAAAUCAGAAGGAAGACGAAGAGACCCGUCUAUCUCAGCUUCAAACCGACCUGGACGCCACUUCGACGGCUUCGACCAACUUGUCCCGGAUUCGAAUCAACGAAAUCGCUGAAUUGUCGGUUCCAAAGAAGAAGGGACGUUUGGUCGGUUUGGGUCGUCGAGCCCGGUCGGCUCAUCCUUCUGCACCACAGCCCUAUGUUGAUCCAGAAGUGCUAGAAUAGUUGAAAGACAAAGAUGACCGCAUAGCUGCGUUGGAGCAAAAGAUGGCGGAUCAAGAGGCGGGAUGGGAGGCAACAAGGAAGCAGAACGAGCAAAUGAUGGAGAUGAUGAAGAGGAUGUACCCGAACGAGCAGUUCCCGUAGUUUCUUUCUUUUUUUUUCAAAAACUCUGAAUGUUUUAUUUUGGUAUGUACAACUUUGAAUAUUAUCUAAUAUGU